UUAAAAAGUCCCAAAUAAAAGAAAUGGUUAAGACAGACUACCAGGAUAUCAAGGUGGAGCUUGAUGGCGAGAUAGGGAUUAUCACUCUCAACCGACCAAAAUCGCUGAAUUCAUUUGGUGGCAGGCUCCUAAUUGAGACGCUCAAUGCUGUCAUGGAGCUGAAUGAUCAUCCGGAUACAAUUUUUACAGUCCUAACCGGUGAGGGCAGAUUCUUUUCUGCCGGCGCUGACAUUCGAGAGCCGCGAGUGUUGCCAGAAUUAGCAGAUGACACUAGAUCAGAAGCGAAGAUUGCGGCUACAGAAACUCUUUUGAAAGGUGUUGAGCUGGUCCGCGCUCUGAUUGAUCACAAGAAGGUCUUUGUUCUUGCCCUCAACGGCCCUGCUGUUGGCGGAGGUGCCGCCUGGUUUGCUGGCCUUGCAGACAUUGUGUUCGCAGCGGAUACAUGCUACAUGCAGAUUCCAUUUUCGUCGCUGGCGCUUGUUCCUGAGAAUGGUUCUGCGCUCAACUUUGCCCAAACCAUUGGUGUUCAUCGCGCCAACGACAUGCUCAUGUUUGGUCGCAAGGCCACCGCGGAGGAGCUUGAGCAAUGGGGGAUGAUUAACAAGAUUUUCCCUGUCGGGAGCUUCCGAGCAGAUGUCAAGGAGUAUCUACAUGAGCAGCUGCAAGUAAAUGACGGGCAAAGCAUGAUCUUGGCCAAGAAGUCGCAAAACGCGACGCUUCGGACAGGGCGGAUGAUGGCACUAUAUGAUUCAGCGGAUGCCCUCACUGACAGAGUUGCGGACGGCGCACCAAUUCGGAGAUUCGCCGAAAAAAUUGCACAGCUUGAAGAAACAUCGCGGAAGCGCUCGAAGCUGUAGGUGCUGUGCGAGUCUUCUGAGUGGCAGACCUUUUUUCUUACAUAUUUAUCUGGUAAAUAUGGUGCAAAAUGCUCUUAGAUAUUUCAUUUUAUUUUUACCUUCGACUCUUGGGUUUCAUUCCUCAUGGUUGUCCGUCAGGGUGCUUGAUUGAGUAAAAGCCCGAUAAAAUUAAAAUGUGGCAGCUCCUUGAUGCAUCGCGCUUUGGUGAACCCUGUGAGUCAAAAUAUCAGGUAACCAUCAUAGCAGACAUAGUAGUAUAUUCUUGGGUAAAGUUAUAUCACUCUUUUCUUUAAUUUACAAUCAAGAACUUGG